AUUUUACGACGUUGUAUGCGGCGUCACUUUACGGCAGCAUGGCAGCCCGCUGUCUGGCGCUGUGAUCCCGUCGGCUCUGACCGCCAGAGGCUCAAACCCGGUCAUGAAAACGGUACCGGGACAAUGAUGAUGUGCUUGCGGAAUGUUUCCGGGCCGUUGUGGCGCAACGCGGCGACGGUCCGCCGCCUCGCGUCCGCCGGCGCGCUUCCGCUCCGUGUCGCGGCGUCACGGCGCCACGCACCUGCCGCCGACUACGCGCCGUUAACGCGCUCCCCGGUCUGCGGGGGCCUCCUGCGGCUCAAAGGGGACGCUCUCCCGCACCGGGGAGGUCACGGGAGGUCGGCGGCCGGUCUCCGGUCCCCGCUGCUCCGCGGCGCGCGCGGGCUGUGCAGCGGCAAGGCCGAGGGGACACCGGACAGCGCGCGGCCCGGGGACCGGAACCAAGGCGGCGAUCCGCUACCGGGAGAAGGGCUCUUCAAGUUCAAAGAGCUGUACGAGAACCCGUGGACAAUCCCCAACUUCUUGUGCGUGUCUCGGAUUGUGCUGGCCCCCUUCUUGGGCCACCUGGUGAUCCAGCAGCACUUCCACCUCAGCCUGGCUCUGUUCACGCUGGCCGGCGCGACCGACCUGUUGGACGGGUACAUCGCCAGAACGUGGACCACUCAGAAGUCGGCGCUGGGCAGCGCUCUCGACCCUGUGUCCGACAAGAUCCUCAUCAGCAUUUUGUACGUCAGCCUCACGUAUGCCGAGCUCAUACCAGCGCCGCUGACGGCUCUGGUGAUCUCCAGAGACGUCGGGUUGAUCGCUGCCGUCUUCUGGGUCCGAUACAAGACCGUGCCGCCGCCGGUGACCCUCAGCAGGUUUUUUAACCCCUGCUACACCACAGCACAGCUCAAGCCCACACUCUUCAGCAAGGUGAACACAGCCAUCCAGCUGCUCCUGGUUGCUUCCUCUCUGGCUGCUCCCGUGUUCCAGUACACCGACAGCGUGCUGCUGCAGUGCUUGUGGUACAUUACAGCGGUGACCACGGCAGCGUCCGGCUACAGCUACUGGCACUACGGCCGCGAGACUGUGCGGGUGCUCAACACCCGGUCGCCGUGACGGCCGCGCCGGACAGCACGCCGGAGGCGGGGGAGGCAGAGACACUGACCGGCCGCAUUCGCCAGGAGCUUUGUACCAAGUAGUUGUGACAACCAUUUACGAGUCGCCAUGGCGACGACACACGGUAACCAACCAAGGCCACAGAUGUCUCUCUGCGGCGCCACAGAGACGCUCUGCCACUGGACCGGCUGUGGACGAGAGACGGACACUUUAAACCCGCAGACAAAAAUAGACCCGCCCCCCCCCCCACACACACACUAAGAUACAUGUGGAGUAUAUGUCAAGUAGUCCGGCUAAAAGCUUCUAUUGUUGUUUUUUCAUUGGAGGUCACAACAUCAACGUGAUUGUCAUUUUUGUAGACCGAAAAUUCAUGAUUAAAUCGGAGACCCUGC